AUGGCUUGUGGAGAAGGAACCACGUCAACAAAGACCGAAAAGGGGAGCAUCGCUCCGGAGGCUCAAUCCUUGGAAAAGGAGGAAGCGCCUAAGGAAUCUGCCAAAAUCAAGGUUCCAGAAGCACCCAAGCACACCAGGGUGCCAGAUGCCGUCCAGAGGAAAUUGGCGGCCGAGAAACAGAAGGGCCCCCAGCCCAGCAGGUUGACGCAGGAAUUACGCAGUUACCAGGCCGAAAGGAAGAGGCAUUCAAUGGACGUAUAUGUCCAGAUCACGGGUCUGGACUCAGGGAAAAUGCGCGGAGUCAAGGCGCUGCUCGAUAGUGGCUGCAGUACCUGCUGCAUUGAUACCGACUACGCGGGGGCAGAGAAGCUGGAUAUCCAAGAGCUUCCGCAACCCAUCGUGGCUUGUAAUGCCGACAACACCAAGAACAUCAGCGGCCAGAUCACGCACUACGUCGAUCUGAGGAUGAGAAUCGGUCCUCAUGUGGAGACACACACGUUCCUUCUGACGUGCUUAGGGAAAGCCCGGAUCUUCAUCGGUCUUGAUUGGCUGAUGGAACAUAACCCCAAGGUGGAUUGGCAGGAGCAGACCAUGAGAUUCAGCCGAUGCCCAGAGCGGUGUCACAUGAGGGGUCACGAGGAGCACCAAGCAAUGAUCGACAUGGAUGCAAUUGACCUGGACGCGGGCGCACCGGAUCUGGAAGAGGGUGAAUCGAUCCUGUUGAUCGACUUUGGAAAGGAGAAGAAGCGGAAAAAGAGAAGGAGAGGAUGA